GGGAAUCCAGCCAGGCCCCAAGAUGGACACUUCUGGGCACUUCCAUGACUCGGGGGUGGGGGACCUGGAUGAAGACCCCAAGUGUCCCUGUCCAUCGUCCGGGGAUGAGCAGCAGCCGCCGCAGCCGGCAGCAGCCCCCCAGCAGCCCCCGGGACCCCUGGCGCCGCCUCUGCCCGCUCAGCUCCAGCAGCCGCUGCCACCACCACCACAUCCCUUGUCUCUGCUCGCCCAACUCCAGAGCCAGCCCGUCCAGCCCGGCCUGCUGCACUCCUCUCCCACGACGCUCAGGGGCCCCCCUUCGGCCAACUCCACCGCCGUCCUCCACCCUUCCUCCAGGCAGGGCAGCCAGCUCAAUCUCAAUGACCACUUGCUUGGCCACUCUCCAAGCUCCACAGCCACAAGUGGGCCUGCUGGAGGUGGCCGGCACCGGCAGGCCAGCCCCCUGGUGCACCGGCGGGACAGCAACCCCUUCACGGAGAUCGCCAUGAGCUCCUGCAAGUACAGUGGUGGGGUCAUGAAGCCCCUCAGCCGGCUCAGCGCCUCCCGGAGGAACCUCAUCGAGGCCGAGCCUGAAGGCCAGCCCCUCCAGCUCUUCAGCCCCAGCAACCCCCCCGAGAUCAUCAUCUCCUCCCGGGAGGACAACCAUGCCCACCAGACCCUGCUCCACCACCCCAACGCCACCCACAACCACCAGCACACCGGCACCACCCCCAGCAGCGCCACCUUCCCCAAAGCCAACAAGCGGAAAACCCAGAACAUUGGCUAUAAGCUGGGACACAGGAGGGCCCUGUUUGAAAAGAGGAAGCGGCUCAGUGACUAUGCUCUGAUUUUUGGGAUGUUUGGAAUUGUUGUUAUGGUGAUAGAGACCGAGCUCUCUUGGGGUUUGUACUCAAAGGACUCCAUGUUUUCGUUGGCCCUGAAAUGCCUUAUCAGUCUGUCCACCAUCAUCCUCCUGGGCCUGAUCAUCGCCUACCACACGCGGGAGGUCCAGCUCUUCGUGAUCGACAACGGCGCGGAUGACUGGCGCAUCGCCAUGACCUACGAGCGGAUCCUGCACAUCAGCCUGGAGAUGCUGGUGUGCGCCAUCCACCCCAUCCCCGGCGAGUACAAGUUCUUCUGGACCGCCCGCCUGGCCUUCUCCUACGCGCCGUCGCGGGCGGAGGCCGACGUGGACAUCAUCCUGUCCAUCCCCAUGUUCCUGCGCCUCUACCUGAUCGCGCGCGUCAUGCUGCUGCACAGCAAGCUCUUCACCGACGCCUCGUCCCGCAGCAUCGGCGCGCUCAACAAGAUCAACUUCAACACGCGCUUCGUCAUGAAGACGCUCAUGACCAUCUGCCCCGGCACGGUGCUGCUGGUCUUCAGCAUCUCACUGUGGAUCAUCGCUGCCUGGACCGUGCGCGUGUGUGAAAGCCGGGUCAGCCCUGCCCCGCCCUCCGUUGCCUCGCUUCCAGCUUGGUACCAUGACCAGCAGGACGUGACCAGUAACUUCCUGGGCGCCAUGUGGCUCAUCUCCAUCACCUUCCUGUCCAUCGGCUAUGGGGACAUGGUGCCCCACACGUACUGUGGGAAAGGCGUCUGUCUGCUCACCGGCAUCAUGGGUGCGGGCUGCACUGCCCUGGUGGUGGCCGUCGUGGCCCGCAAGCUGGAGCUCACCAAGGCCGAGAAGCACGUGCACAACUUCAUGAUGGACACGCAGCUCACCAAACGGAUCAAGAACGCAGCGGCCAAUGUCCUCCGGGAAACGUGGCUCAUCUACAAGCACACGAAGCUGCUGAAGAAGAUCGACCACGCCAAAGUCAGGAAGCACCAGCGCAAGUUCCUGCAGGCCAUCCACCAACUGAGGAGCGUCAAGAUGGAGCAGAGGAAGCUAAGCGACCAGGCCAACACGCUGGUGGACCUCUCCAAGAUGCAGAGCGUCAUGUACGACCUGAUCACGGAGCUCAAUGACCGGAGCGAGGACCUGGAGAAGCAGAUCGGCAGCCUGGAGUCCAAGCUGGAGCACCUGGCCGCGGGCUUCGGCUCCCUGCCCCUGGUCAUCGCCGACGCCCUGCGCCAGCAGCAGCAGCUCCUGUCCGCCCUCGCCGAGGCCCGGGCGGGCCCUGCGGGUGCCACCCGCACGCCCCCGCCCUCCGACAGCCCCCUCGGGGUCAGCUCCACCUCCUUCCCGACCCCGUACACGAGCUCAAGCAGUUGCUAG